AUGUCUGCAUUAUUUCCGGUUGAAAAGGAUCCUCAACGUUUAACUAAGUACCCGCACUAUAAACAUCAUUUAAAAUGUGAUGGAUUAAAGUUUCCCAUGUCUCUGGAUCAAAUUAAUAAAUUUGAAAAGAUGAACCCGCAGCUAUCGAUUAACGUAUACGGCUACAAAGAUACGUUUCUACGUGGUUUGGAAAUUUUUCCUGUACGCGUUAGUUCGAACACUGCGGGGAAGAAAAUUGAUCUAUUGGCUGUGGAGAAUGGGAACAGUCACCACUUUUGCUGGAUAAAAAAUUUAGCAAAGUUGAAUCGAUCGGGUGUGACAAAACACGAGCAUAAAAUAUUUUUAUGCGAUCGAUGUCUCAACUAUUUUGCUACAGAUGGCAAACUCCAACAGCAUUCAGUAAAUUGUGGUGAAAAAGAAGCGGUGCGGGUACGAAUGCCUAAAACUGAUGACGAGCGGUUCGUUGAGUUUCAGAAAUUUUCUCAUCAAGAACCAAUUCCAUAUAUUGUAUAUGCAGAUUUUGAGGCGUUAUUGGUACCACAACAUCAUGAAGUCAUGGAAAUGGAUCAUGGGUCUUAUACACAAAAUAUUCAAAAACAUAUACCCUACAGUGCAUACCAUGGUACUGGUUGCUCAAAAUGGUUUGUUAAAGAACUGGAGCAGGUUGCGUAUACAUUGGAAAAGAAAAUUAAACACAUUGAACCAAUUAUACCGCUCACCAUCGAACAAGAAAUGGAGUUUCUGUGUGCAGAAAAGUGUCAUAUUUGUAAAAAAUCUUUUACACCAACAAAUAGUAUCCGUGUGCAUGACCAUUCACACAUCACAGGUUAUUACAGAGGUCCAGCGCACCAAAUUUGUAACUUAAAUUAUCAAAAUUCAAAGGUGAUACCUGUUGUGAUGCAUAAUUUAAGCGGAUAUGAUGCACAUUUUAUAAUAGAACCUCUGCUAACAGAAUUCGAUGGUCAUGUUGAUGUCAGUGAUGAUGAACAAUUUCAAUUGUUAACAAGAAAAGGUGUAUUUCCUUAUGAAUACAUGUCUAGUUGGGAACGUCUUGAUGAGGUAAGCUUACCCACAAAAGAGGCGUUCUACAGUGCAUUAACAGAUGAGCACAUAACGGAUCAGGAUUAUAAUCAUGCUAUACAAGUAAGGAAUACAUUUGGUUUACAUACACUAGGUGAAUACUCUGACCUGUUUAUGAAAACUGAUGUGUUUCUACUUGCGGACAUUUUUGAAAAUUUCCGUAAAACUUGUUUGCAUAAUUAUGGCCUUGAUCCAGCUCACUCUUAUACACUAGCUGGCUACACAUGGGAAGCCAUGUUGAAAUACACCGAUAAGAAACUGGAAUUGUUCACUGAGGUAGAUAAGUUUCGGUUUAUCGAGAGAAGAAUCAGAGGUGGUGUGAGUCAUUGCUCUAAUCGCUAUGCAAAAGCUAAUAAUAAGUACAUGACAGAGGGGUAUAAUCCAAAUGAAACACAACAUUAUUUGAUGUAUUACGAUGUGGUGAAUGAAUAUGGAGCAGCAAUGUCUACGUCUUUACCCACUGGAAAUUUCGAGUGGGUUGACACACCAGACUUCAUGGAAAUUGCAGACGAUUCACCAGUCGGUUUCAUUUUAGACGUGGAUCUGGAAAUACUCCAAAAUCUGCAUGAUUACUUUAGCGAUCUGCCACCAUGUCCGGAGAUAGCAAAACAGUAG